AACAAAUGGAAAUGUUAUCUCGCUCGCAUACCCCAUUGUUGUCUAACGCAUACAUCAACUUUCAUUCUCGUACAAAUCGCUUCAAAUAUCGACCAUCCUUCAUUGUUUCCGCUUCUAGAACCAAUGGAGAGGGACUCGAAAGAAGAAUAACCCGAAAACGGCGCAAACAAGAAAGUAUUCCUAUGCGUGUCAAUUUAAAAGCACCAUUUCUUGAAAAGAUAUUUAACAUUCUUGAUAGCGCGAUUACCGAGUUCCUCGAUCCUCCUCUUCACUUUUCGGUUGACCCGGCCAAAAUCCUAUUAGGCAAUUGUGCCCCGGUUGAUGAGUUGAUCCCAACCGAGUGUAAGGUCGUGUAUGGCACCAUCCCAUCAUGUCUUAGUGGUGUGUACUUACGUAAUGGGCCGAACCCUCAAUUCCCGCCUAAUGGUCCACACCACUACCUUGACGGAGAUGGGAUGGUGCACUGCAUUAGGAUAUCUCAUGGUCGAGCCACUUUUUGUAGCAGAUACGUGAAGACAAACAAGUAUGUUUUUGAGAAUCAAGUCGGAUCACAUGCCGUUCCAAAUGUUAUUGGAGGCAUGCAUGGACUUGGCCCAUUUAUCGCUCGUGCAACAUUGUUUGCUGCACGAGUACUUUUUAGUGGUUUUGACAUUGGGAAAGGCAUCGGUGUAGCGAAUACCAGUUUAGCUUUGUUAGGAGGCAAACUUUACGCGCUAUGUGAAUCUGAUAUUCCCUACGCGAUCAAAAUCAAAGACGACGGGGACAUAAUAACCUUAGGACACCACGACUUUAACGGCAGUCUUUCCAUGAACAUGACGGCUCAUCCAAAGAUCGACCCAACGACCAAAGAGGCUUUCGCUUUUCGUUACUGGACUACACGUCCUUACCUAACCUACUUCCGCUUUGACGCAGAAGGAAAUAAACAACCCGAUGUCCCUAUUAACUCCAUGAAACACUCAUCUCUAACACAUGACUUGGCUAUCACCCAAAAGUAUGCAAUCAUAUGUGACAUUCAAGUCCGAGCUUGUCCUAUGAACUUAGUCCGUGGCGAACCAUUAGUCGGAGUAGACCCAAACAAGGUUCCGCGAAUCGGAGUUCUUCCAAGAUAUGCAGCAGAUGAAUCAAAUAUGAAGUGGUUUGAGGUACCCGGGUUCAAUAUAUUUCAUGCAGUGAAUGCAUGGGAUGAGACGGAUGAAGAGGGUGGCGAAGUGGUGGUGCUGGUGGCACCAAAUAUAGUUUCUGUAGAACAUUUCUUUGAGCGAGCUGUGGGUCAGAUCCAUGGAUCUAUGGAGAAAGUGAGGGUUCAUUUGGGAACUGGAGUUGUGUCCAGGCACAUCAUGUCGACUAAAAAUUUGGAGUUUCCGGUGAUUAAUCCAGCUUAUAUUGGAAAAAAGAACAAAUAUGUUUACGCAGCAAUAUUUUCGGAUCAAACACCGUCAGAAACGAGGAUGAUGAGGGCAUCAGGGGUUGUGAAACUAGACGUCACAACAUCAGAAGAAGAACAUGAGGGUCUAAAUGAGUGCACAAUGGCUAGCCGGAUGUAUGAAGAUAAUUGCUUUGGAGGGGAACCGUUUUUUAUUGAAAGAGACCCGGAGAAUCCGUGCUCGGAAGAGGAUGAUGGGUAUGUGGUGUCGUAUGUGCAUGAUGAAAGCUCGGGUGAGUCGAGAUUCUUGGUGAUGGAUGCUCGGUCGCCGACUCUAGAAGUCGUGGCCGCUGUUAAGUUGCCGCAACGGGUGCCUUAUGGUUUACAUGGGAUAUUCAUCAGGGAAAAUGACCUUUAUAAUUUGUGACAAUUUAGACAUUGUAUAUAUUAGCAUUUUGAUAAACGAUCAAAUCAUAAUGGCGAUUUUGCAUACAAGGUGUUCUUCAUGUUAUAAGUAGGAGUCUAAGUUCGUGUGACUCGAGGAUAGUUAGGUUCCUGGUUGGGACUAAUAUAUUCGAAUCAUAAUAAUAAAUGUAAAUUUUUU